AUGUCGUGCGUCUUGCUAGCAAACGAAGCCUCCAUGAUUUUCAAUCUGAUAAUCGCUGAGGGUUCUGUACACUUGGAACCACACCCAAUCUUCUCACUCAUCGCCGACUUAACACAGUUCAUCUCCGUCAGUAUGCGUGAAUUCAAAGUGGUGGUGCUGGGUAGCGGGGGUGUAGGGAAAUCGGCCUUAACAGUGCAGUUUGUCAGUAGCACAUUUAUCGAGAAGUACGAUCCCACAAUAGAAGACUUUUAUCGGAAGGAAAUCGAGGUCGAUGGUCAACCUUGCGUUCUAGAAAUUCUAGACACUGCUGGUACGGAACAGUUCUCGUCCAUGAGAGAUUUAUACAUUAAAAAUGGGCAGGGCUUUGUUGUUGUAUAUUCAAUCACAAGUCAGCAGACGUUUCACGACAUCAAGACAAUGCGGGAACAAAUUGUACGGGUCAAGGGGACAGAGCAAGUCCCAAUCUUGUUAGUAGGAAACAAAUGUGAUCUUCAACAUCAACGGCAAGUGCGGACUGAUGAAGGCAUUGCUUUGGCCGAAUACUGGUCUUGUCCAUUCACCGAAUGUUCGGCGAAGAACAACCACAACGUGAAUGUAACCUUCGCAGAAAUCGUCCGUGAAAUGAAUUAUGUUCAAAGUAAAGCUCGGGAAAAUAAGGGUUGUUGUUCAAUCAUGUGACAAUCUUCCGCGAAAUGAUGUUCGUCUCUUUCAUGUAGAUACGUGACUCUAAUGUACAUUCACAAUUUCAUCUUCUCUUUUUCUGUAUGCGAGUCUUCCAUUUUGUUGCACUGGUAUAUCUCUCCUGUUAGGACUAGUGCGACGUAGAGCUUCAGAACCUCAUCGUUUAUUGCCUGUUUUGAUUGACAAUUUUCUACGGUGCCAGUAUCACUCGCUGAGUAAUUAAUUUCUAUAAUAUUGGUCUCUGCCUUGUUCAUAUGUUGCCUGAUUAUUGAGUCUAGUAAAACCCGUUGAUGCUCUUUUUGUCUGUCUCAUAAUUGUUCAAAGAUUUGUUGUUGUCAGUUUUUAGUGUCGAGUCAUCGUCUUUUUUUUUUCAAUAAGAUUAGUAGCCAACUCAAGAGUGAUGAAGAAUUGCUAUGCUAGCUUUCAUCACGAAGUUCAGGCUUCACCUCUCGGGUCGAUCACUUUGUUACUCCUAAUGUCAUCUUCAGAUGUUUGCUAUAUUAAUGAUUCACUUUGUCAUUGUUUGCCUAUGCUUUCCAUUUUAUGUUCUAAAAGUGCUUGUAAAGUUUUGAUAAAUUGUCUAAUUUGUGGC